AUGGCCUGUACCGGCUUCAAGCGUACAGCUCGGCAGAUGGCAAAGACCUUGAUACGCACGGCCGAAGAGCCCUAUGCUUUCGUGAAAUCGCAAAUGCGUGAUAAGAAAGCGAAGACAUCCUUCCUUUCUCAAGCCAUCGAAUCUCUCGGCUCAGACGCGUCUAUGGAGUACAUCAACAAAUGGUCCGCGGCAUCCAUGUACCUGGGCGGCGCGGACACCACCGUGUCAUCGUUAAUGACAUUCUUCCUGGCCAUGGCCGUCUUUCCGGAAGUUCAGAAGAAGGCGCAAGAGGAGCUGGACCGUGUGAUUGGCGGAGGGCGACUACCCAUUACUAGCGAUAAAGCAAGUUUGCCGUAUAUUGAGGCCGUGGUGAAAGAGACGCAUCGAUGGCAUCCUGUGGGGCCCAUGUCAAUACCCCAUUCCUGCACGCAAGAGGAUAGCAUCAAUGGGUAUAGAAUACCGAAAGGAGCAAUGAUACUACCUAACAACUGGUACGUAUGA